GGAUUCCAAUGUCCAUCGUUUGAAGUCUGCGUGUCCUCCAAAUGCAAGGAUUGACUUUCUGCCCGUAUCUGGUGCAAAGUAUGUGUCUGACCGGAAGGGCUUUAGAAAGCUGCUGCAUCAAGAGCUGAUGUCAGGUUGUUACGACAUACUGUACCUGCAUCUUGGCUCUAACGAUGUUUGCUGCAAGGAUAGCGAUUUCUACCGUUGUGUGACAGAGAUCCUUGAUGUUGUAUUCAGUGUGUGCACUGAAAUACACUUGGUGCUUUGCGAGAUUCUUCCACGCGAUUUUGAUGUGAGAAUGUUUCCCCGAUGGCCACUCUCAGGGGCACAGUUGAGGAACUACUGCCAGUGGAUAAGGAGCGCAAACAGCAUGCUGUGGGAACUGAGUCACCAUGUGCCUUCUGUGAGAUACAUGGACUAUGGAGCAACUAAACAGAAGUCCCUGUACUUGACCCAUGAUGGACUACAUCUGAGUGCUGAAGGGGCUAGGAGGUGUUUAGCAUCCAUACAGGACGACCUGCCAAACCAGCUGUGUGUGGAGGCUGCUGUUCAAGAUCCUACAGAAUGGCCAGCUCUCUCAGCCACGGAAGUACCGGUUCAGGAGCAUGACAGCACCAUAGCACUCUUUUCGGAUAUUGUGCAGACUGGAGCUCAACCAGAGAUUCAAGACAAGGUGGAUGCAAGUGAAGUACCAGUUCCCAGGGACAUUAAGUCUCAGACACAUAAAAUAACGGUUGUCACAGCCAGAGCUAAGAGGUCUGCAACCAGAAAUACCAAAAGAUAUGGAAAGAAGUUGGCAAAGAAAUGCCACACAAGGUCAUGCUGCAGUGGAUUUGUUUACCUUGACAUUACUGAAGAUGUGGCUGUUUUCCUGCCUGCAUACAAGUUGAAUGGCUUAUGCUUGAAACGCAAGAAGAUGGAAGUCAAGACUGGUAAGGUUAAAAGGGAGAAACCUACCAUGACGAAAAAGAAGAACAAACAGGUCCCUUGCUACAAUUGCCCAAACUGCAGGGUGUGCUGUUCAUCGGAAGAUGCCAUGCUCGACCAUUUUAUAAGGAAGCAUUCAUCGUGGAAAGUUGAUAGGCCUGACACACUUUACAAUCAGGAAGAUGAAAUCAACGUGCCAUCCAACAUCCAUUGCCACCGAGACACUGAAGAGACGCCCCAACAAGAUGACAAUGCCGCAAAUGAAGAUCAAGUCAAUGUGCCAUCCCACUUCUUUUUCCAACGAGACACUGACGAGACGCCCCAACAAGAUGUAGACACUUCACAGCUUCUUCUUAUUCUUUCAAAUGACGUUGAACUUAACCCUGGACCGACUUUCAGUUGCAAGUGGACAUCAUGCUUCAAGAAAUUUAUUAAUUAUGGUGAACUUAGUGCCCAUAUAGUAUGUCACAUAGAGGGAACAAAUAGAUGCCAAUGGGAAGACUGCCAUGAAUGUUUUUCAGCUGUAAGAAGAUUUGAGCUGCAUCUUUUGAGACAUUUGUAUGAUAACAGCGAGAUAUUCAAAACAAUCGAUGAAUGGAAAAACACGCUACCUGAUGGGAAGAUCAAUGAACAGACAACAGAUCUGCAUAUGUGUCCACUUCAUCUGAGGUCCAAACUGAUGCUGCUCUUAUUUGAUGAAGAUUUCUCCAUUCCAACGGGUUAUUACACAAUAGAGGAACACUACAAAUACCUGGAAUUGCUAAGUAUACGUCUUCCUUCUGAUUAUGAAAAAAUUAAAAUAACUUCUUACUUAAAAGAAAAUAUUUAGGUGAAAA